AUGGCCUCCUUCCUUCCUGUGAACAAUUCGGCCGCGACCGAUGACCACACUAUGGACGGUGCGACAACACCCCGCGCUCACCCUAACGGCGUCCAGGCCUCGCCGGAUCGAUCUCCUAUCGCAGAACAACGCUCGGAUGGGCUCAAGACCAGCAGAGGAAGCGAAAGCUCGCACACAACUGUUUCAGUAGGACACGCGAGGACUGCAUCAAUGUCUGAUGAACCGAUGCACGAUUCAGAGGGGGAGAACGAUGCAUCUGACCACGAGGGAGAACCCGGUAGCGCACCACCAUCAAAGAAGAAGAAGGGUCAACGCUUUUUCUGCACAGACUUCCCUCCUUGCAACCUCAGUUUCACCCGGAGUGAGCACUUAGCCCGUCAUAUUCGCAAGCAUACCGGAGAGCGACCUUUUCAAUGUCAUUGCUCCCGUCGUUUCUCUCGCCUCGACAAUCUUCGGCAACACGCACAAACCGUCCAUGUAAAUGAGGAGAUCCCGGGAGACUCGUUGGCGGCCACCGGCACUCGGUUCCAGCGCCAGGUACGAACGGACCGUGUGCGUCCACCGGGUCGCGCGCGGGCAGGCACCGCCGGCAGCGCAGGUGGUCACAGCCGUGGUCACAGCCGCAAUAUAUCAACCUCUAGCAUUGCUUCAACUGCUUCGACAUUCAGCCAACCGCCCGAGCUUCGGCGUCGUCCUCCGCCAUUAAUGAUGGCCAACGACCCCACUGGUCGUGCUAGAUUGGGGCUCGAUCCGAUGGGGGAGCCUCCGAGUACGCCGCCUAGCCAAAUUCGUGGAUACCCAGGACCGUCAGCAAGUGGUUCACCGUAUACUCCAUCUAACAUGUUUGCCAAUGGAACAAAUGGCAGCCCUCAGUACGCAUCACCAAUGUCUGGAGCAGGUCAUUUUUGGGAGGGUAAGACAGCCGCCCGGCGGCUAUCAGUACCGACCAGCAGUAAUCCUUUUCUGGCUCAACAUAGCGGAUAUCCUCCUUAUGUUAACUCUGCAGCCGGUGCUCAUUAUCCUAAUGCGGCGGGAGUUUUUGCCAGUCCUACUAGCAGCAAUUAUCCUCCUUCAAGAGACGAAAGUACCCUGAGUGCGGCUGAGGCUGAGAUGCGACGACGAACAUGGCACCCCUCAACAUACCCUGUAUUUGGCCGCCCGUCAACUAGUGGUCUAAGCCAAUAUCAUACCCCCGACACUGUUCAGCCGUCAUUCGGUAGCAAUGCCAGCAAUAACAAUACUCCUGCUGACCAGCCACCUCGACUGCCCGGAAUUGAGAGUUUUGACAAAGUUGUCUCUCAACAUCGCCCAUUGACGCCUCCAACUCGUAAGGCAAGCCCGAUGCACAUUGAUGGACACGGCCGACCAGCACCACCGCCCAAUCAUGCAUUUGCCGCUGGCUUCAACUACAAUGCGCCAUCCGUUCGUCCAGCACCACCUAUUUCUGGCCCAGGUCACCGCCGAGGCCAUGUCUCUUGGGACAUGUCUUUACACACCAACCUGACAGGGCUUGAUAUUCGAGAUCGACGAUCUUCAAGGGACGCAUCUCAAUGGAGCCAGCAGACGAUUGCUGAACUUCAAAACCUUUCAUCCCGACCCUCCUCAUCUUACCACCCUACAUUCGGGCCAACAGUCGAAAGAAGCCCGGAAGAGCACCGCCAUGGUCACGCUCCUAGUAUUUGUGGUCAACGAGAUUCUCAAUCCGACGGCUACCCAGGCCAUUCCGAGCAAGAGCCUCGAAACCCCGGCUACAACGACUCCUCUGUCCGGGAUUCCGGCAUGGGUCGCCUUGAGGCCUUGGUGGCGGUCGCGACCAGCGAGAACAAAAGUGCUACAAAGUUGUUCUUGUAA